UAGUCAAGUCCACUGCCCUUCAUUUGUCUUAUUUCUAGACCAGAUUUAUUCUAUGUCCUUUUCUUAAGAAUAACGACCUUCAUUCGAAUAAGGAGAAAAAAAUGGGAAUAGACUAGAUAGAUUUUCUUCCCUAUAACAUGAUUGGUUAGAUUAAGCUGUACUUUUAUCCAUUCGUCUACAAACUCCUACAUCUAUCCCUGAAGAUAUGUAUGUCACAAAGAACAUAUAUUAUCUUAAUCGUUGACACUUACUUAAUCAACCACACAAGCAAGUGAACAUCAGAGUGUGAAAUAUUCAAAAUGAUGUUCAUCAAGAGGACAUUUCAAAUAGUUAACACAAUAGCGAUUUUAAUUAUCGGAUUCUAUGCAGCACAGUCUAUGAAUGAGAAGGUUGGGCGCAUAAAAUGCUACAAUUGCACUAACUGCUUCACUGUCAAUGCAAACACAAGCAUAGUGGAUGGAUGUGGCGGAUGUACAAUAAAAGCUACUGUCACACAAAUUGUGCGAGGGUGUGUUGCAUCAUGUACGCCUGAAAAUUUUCACGGAGCAUUUUGUUGCACUACAAACCUAUGCAACAACAGAAGAGAAUUCAAAGAAAUGCCGAAUAUUCUAGAACAUCAAACCAGUGAUAGUCAACCUCUUGUUAUUCCACAACAAACCACACCAUCAGUGUUAAAAGUAGUUUCGACUACUAUACCGGAAAACUCUCAACUGAUGCUGAAUGUAAAUAAUUUCAUCAUAUUAUCUAGUAUGAUUUGGAUAUUUACAAUUCUGUGUGUUAUUCAGUGAGGAAAUAUUUACCGAAUUCAACCUAAUGCAUUGUAUCCUCUUAUAGUUUGUCUCUAUACUACUAAUAUUACAUUCAUAUUACUGUGUAAACAUCAAUUCUCAUUCUUCUUGUGGAUAUUAUCAAUAAAAUGCACUUAAACAUUCAAUUAUUAAAUGCACAUUAAUUAGUGUAAACAGCUCUUGUAUACAAAGUGCUUGUGCUUUCUAUGUUCUCUCUGUUCAAUGACAUACUUAAUAUAUAUUUGAAAUGUUG